AAUCUUCCUUGAUUACAUAGUUCAUGAUAGUCGACGGACGGACUCCGCCAAUAUUCGUGCUGUAUUCCGCCAUUUGCGAUCGUUCGCUGCAUUCAUUUGCAUUUCGUUUCGUUCGUUGCGAUCCUCCACGUCGGCUUUUCUUUCCAUCACGCUUAGCGUUGCUGCUUUGCAUUAGGAGUACAAUGUCAUUUAAUCGAGGAGUGAAAAGAGAUGCCUUUGGGAAUCGAGGGAAUUUCAAUCGGAGCAGUAGCGGUGGUAAUAGAGUCGGGAAUAACAGCAUGGGAGGUAACAUGGGUGGAGGAAUGAGUGGGAGCAGUAUGAGUGGAAUGAAUCCCUGGGAGAGUGGCAUGAUGCCUGGCAGAGGCAUCCUGCCUACACCAAACAACAACCUCUCUCUAGCGUCGCCGCAGGCACAGUUAGCGAUCGCCAGCAACCUUCUGACAAAUCUACUUCGCAGUCAGCAAGAGGCACAGCCACAGCAGGUGCCGUCUCUCAUGAGUUUGGGGAAUAAUUAUUCUGGACCAGGACCAAAUUAUCCCAAUCAACAAAACUAUUCCUCCGGACGAUUUAACGAUCGACCGGCGCGACAUCCCCUGAAAAACCAACGUCCUCAGCCGUACAACAAGAUGGGCAAUCGAGCCCGAGAUGGCCCCGCUGGGCGACGUGGCCCAUCCGCACAACAAUCUCGUGCACCCCAGUCUGGCAGUCAACGUAUGAAUGGAAACCAAAUCCAACAUCGCAACGAUAAAUCUUCUAAACCAAUUCCUGCCUCUAAACAAAAUCAGACUGCCAAAAAGGAACAGCAGGAUGUUAAGACCUCUGAUAGUGAAAAAGCAGAACCGCCUGUUCCGAAAAGCAAUGAUGCAGAUGAAUCAGAGGAUAAGAAGCACGAUUGGAAGGAUGAGAAAAGCUCAGAAAUAAAAGAUGAAAAAACGGAAGAAGAAAAGACAGAAGAUAGCGAGAAAAAGAUGGAGAAGUCUGCUGCAGAAGAUUCUUCGAAAGAGGCGAAAGAUGAAAAAACCGAGAAAGAGAACACAAAAACGACUGGCAAGAAAUCGGAAGCUAGACACGCUGAAAGUCGUUAUGCCGAAGUUCCGAUGAAUCAUAUGUUUUGUCAUAUUUGCAAUAAGCAUAUGUGGGACGGAUUUUCCUUCGAGAAUCAUUUACGUGGACGUGCGCAUCAGCUGAUGAUGGAUAAGUUAGAUGAGUCAUACAAAUUGAAAGUCGAUCUGAUGAGACACGAGUUGCGAGUUGCCGAGGAGCAGCGUGAAUUGAGUUUGAACAACUCGAAACGCCGUGGCAAGAAAGUCUCUGUAGAUUUCAACGUGAGAGAAUAUUGUACGAUGUGCGAUCUGAACUUUUACGGAACUUUAUCUACACAUAGGAAGAGCGAAAAGCAUCAGCAACUGAAAACAUUCUUGCAUCCCCGAUGCUUUCCUUGUCUAAAAGAAUUCCCAUCUCGCAUAGAAUACGAUGAGCAUUGUUUAACACCCACUCAUAUGAAAAAUGCAGUUCAAUGCGAGGAACAACGGAAAAAUAAAAAGAAAGAUAAACUGGCAAAAGGAGAAGCUGAAGUUCGUACUGCGGAAGACGAGGAGAAAGAUGUUAGUAAUGAUUCGAAGAACGAAAAAGAAGAGGAUAAUACAAAUGCAGGGGAAUAUGAAUACAUCACAGAUAUUGUAGAAAAUCUAAUUGAUAAGAAAUUCAAGAUACCGUCUUACAAAUAUUGCCGUCAAAAUCAGAUCUUUAUUGGUAAAUCUAUGGUCAAAGAGAUCCAAGGAUUUUACUGUGAGCGUUGUCGAAGGUUUAUGCUCUUAGGUGAAGAUAUGAACGCUCAUUUACGCAGCAUCACACAUUAUCGAAGCUUUGUAGCAGAAGUGAGAUCGUUAACAUCGACCUCCCCUAGCAAAGUCACCCCAACUACAGAGUCGAAAGAAACUAAAGAAGCUGAUAAAAAUGAGAAAGAUGUUGAAGAUAAGGAUGAAUGCGAUGUACAAUGGAAACGUCGUAAGAUUAGCGACGAAAAAGAAGAUAAUGAUGAGCUGACAGAACAACAACAGAAUAAUACUGAUAACGAAAAUAUGUCACCGAAGAAAUCGGAUGGAGAGGAGAAAUAUGAUCCAUUGGAAGCCGAUGUCGCCGAAUCAGAGGAAGAGGAAAAUCGUGAGGCAGAAGAGGAAGAAGAGAAUGCGAAGGAGACUACUACGGGAAAUGCUACUAACGCGCAGGAUGCAAAAGAAUCAGUUGAUGAAAUAUGGACGGAUAUGGACAAUGAUAACGAUGUCGAAAUGGGUAAUCUGAUUGACGAGACGGACGAAAAAGAACAUGAAGAGGAAAAGUCUACGCAGAAGACAGAACGAAAUCAUAGUCCUCAAGUAAAGCAACCUCGAGGUCGUGGAUACGGACGUGGUCGUGGUGGUCCACGUGCCAGAAGAUCCCGGCGAUAAGGUAACACCGCGAUUUACGAAAAUAUGAAAGUAAACGCGAGAAAGAUGUCAAUGUUAAGGAAGUUCAAUUGCGUGUGUCGUAUUCAAAUAAGUUUUAAUUAUAACGAAUAAAACACGUUUUUAUCAUUGAAGCGUGUGAUAUUAAUAUUACGUAUUAAUAUUGCACAUAAUAGCAUUAACAUUAUGUGUGAACCUAUAUGAUAGUAAGUUCUUAGCAAUAAACGACCUAUUUCAUUAGCACCAUGUACUAGAAGAGUAUGUGCGUGAGAGAUGCAGAAAUUUUUGUAAAAAUGAUGAACUUUUAUCUAUAGGCAUGAUAAUCUUUCUCUCAUACUUUGAAACCAUUGCUGGCGCUAUAAAUGAUUAUUGAAAAAUUAUUGAACAUUAUAUCUUAUUUUAAAUAUAAUUAGGGGAAAUUAAUUGUGUAUACGACACCAAGAAACAGAAUAUUAUUUUAAGUGUAAACAAAAGUAUCUCUAUCGCAGUCUUAUUACACAUCUAAUAUGAUUAUACGUAAUCGAAAUACACAAUGUGAAAUUAAGGUUAUUGUCUCUUUGUUCUCUCCAUACAGGUAUAAGAAUAUUUUUAUGAUAUCACGUAUCGGCAAGCAUUGAUAUAAGUAGUAAAAAGGCUAUUUGAAAGUUGCAAUUAUGUUCCUAAACAAAGAUAAGUGAGUUCCCUUUAAGUUCCUCAAAUUUUGUUUUAAGAUCAUUGAGGUAAUAAUCUUAAAACAAAAAUUGAUUUAAUUCUAAAAAUUCUUUUAUAUAAAACAAUUAACUAACAAAUCGAGAAAAAAAUGAGAGUCUAACAGUUUUUUUUUUACACAAAUUUAUCAAAACAUGUAUUCCACUUCAUACAUUGAGUCGCAUAAUUACAUGCCAACUUGUUUAUUGUUGUAUUGAAUCGGUACUUACAUUUUUGUUAUUGUAAUUAGAUGAGGCAGUGUGCAGUUUAUAUUUUUUAUUGUACAAAUUUUUUCUUGUGCUAAUGGACUUUGCUUAAUGGUUUAAAAUGGGACUUUUAAAAUUCAGAAGACUUACAUUGGUUUCCAAAAUCAUUGGAUAUUUUUAUUCUAUCUUAAAAUCACACCUUGAAAAAGGCUCGAAUCAGAGCCAAAACGUUGAUACCAUGUAAUUAAUUAUGCAUCUCAAUGUACAGAGUAAAUACACGCUUUGAUAAAUUCGCGCAAAGAGAACUGCGUUAGAUUGUCAUAGACUUUCUAAUUGCUAGUUAAUUAUGGAAUUAAUAAUAAUUUUUCACUUUUAACAUUUAUAUAUUGAAAAAAACGAAACUAUGAAUGAUAAACAUUACAGAUUUUUAAUUUUGUAUCUUACUUUAAUGAUAUGUGUGUUGUAAUUAUUUUCAUAAUAAAAAAUGUUUCUAUGUAUGAAAAAACAGA